CAGGGAGGCAAGCAGUGGCCUGCAAGGCCCCGGCGCGGCCGCCAUGAAGCUGAACGAGCGCAGCCUGGCCUUCUACGCCACGUGCGAUGCCCCGGUGGACAACGCGGGCUUCCUGUACAAGAAGGGCGGCCGGCACGCGGCCUACCACCGCCGCUGGUUCGUGCUGCGCGGCAACAUGCUCUUCUACUUCGAGGAGCCGGCCAGCCGCGAGCCCGUGGGCGUCAUCAUCCUGGAGGGCUGCACCGUGGAGCUGGUGGAGGCCGCCGAGGAGUUCGCCUUCGCCGUGCGCUUCGCGGGGGCCCGGGCGCGCACCUACGUGCUGGCCGCCGAGAGCCAGGCCGCCAUGGAGGGCUGGGUGAAGGCCCUGUCGCGGGCCAGCUUCGACUACCUGCGGCUCGUGGUGCGCGAGCUGGAGCAGCAGCUGGCCGCCAUGCGGGCCGGGGACUGCCCGCCGCCGCCGCGCCGGCCCCGCGCGCUCCCGCCCAAGGAGAACGGCUGCGCCGUGUGGAGCGCCGAGGCCGGCCCGCGGCCCGGCCCGGCGCCGCCGCCCCUGCCUCCCCGGCGGCGGGCCUGGACCCCCAAUGGGCCUCCGCACGCCGGCUCCUUUGCCCGGCUGCACGAGUGGUAUGGGCAGGAGGUGAGGGCGCUGAGGAGCCAGUGGCUCGGGAGCCGGGCCCAGCCCUGAAGAGCUGAGCGGGGCGGGCCAGCCCUGAGCUCGCCCCGGGGGGCCCUGGUUCUG